AGAAAACAAAAGCUGUGUUUUGAUAAGACAUAAUCCUCUGGGAGGUUUAAGGAUGGAAUGGUGUGGUGCAUGAAUGCCAUUGUUAAUCUGAAAUGGUGUGAUAUGGUGCCAUGUAAAUGUUGAACUUUGAGUGGCCAUUGCAUGCUCAAUUUACAGUAAGUGGCCUGAUAACUGUAGAAUAAUAGCUGUUUUAAUCCUGAAAGUUUUAUCCACAAUUCCUUAUAAAGGCUGAUGUAGUUUUCAAUGUGCAAUACCCAACACUACAGCCACAAUUAUAAUGCACCAACCCAUGCCUUGUUUAGCCUUUAUUAUGCAUCUAUCUACUGUCAUCAUCAAAGUCCCUGAUAACGCCAAUGCAGAGAACUGGGUCAGCUAUUUCAAGCAGAACACAACCAUUGAGCAUGUAAAUAUACUGUAACGUAUUCUCUCAUUUUCUAUGUAUGUGAUAUGAUAGUCAGCACAAACUCACAAAAAUUACAGUGUGCAACAUGGUUGCAAUGCUCUCCAGUUUUACGGUUGUCUAUUGUCUGUCUAAAUGUCUGUCGAGGUCCUGUUGGUAUUUGAGGCUGCUGGCUGGUCAUGUGUAUGGUCCCUGCCCUGCUCAAGUUAGUAGUUUCCUGGUGAGUUGACCCUUCCUGGAGUGACAGAUGAACUCAGAGACAGAGGCAGGAGAUAAGUUUGACCAAUCAGAAGAGGAUGAGGACACACAGUACAUGAUUGAACAGAGCCUUCUGAAAUACAACAAGCACAAAGGCUCACUCCCCAAUGAUCCUGCAGGCCCUGAAGGUGAUCCUGAUGAGAUAUUUACAGUGAUAAAGGAAGGUGAUGAGGAGGCCCUAACAAGGCUGGCUGAGCAACCAGGAGCCAUGUCCAGAGUAGACGACAGAGGAUGGAUCCCGCUACAUGAGGCCGCAGUACAGGAGAAGAAAAGUAUACUGGAGAUCAUCUUCUCAGCCUCCCCCCAGGGUGCAGAGCAGUGCCGGACUUUGAAGGGAGAGACACCUCUCUUCCUGGCUGUAGUGUGCGGCCUGAGGGAAAACGCUACGUUCCUGCUACAGAACGGAUGCUGUCCAGACCUCCAGAACGAUGACGAGGAAUCUCCACUCGUGGCAGCUAUAGUAAAUGACCAAUAUGAUUGUGCCUCGCUCCUGAUUCGCUGCAAUGCCAAGGUGGACCAAACAGGAGAUCUGGAGCGGACUGCCCUCCAUGAGGCCUCACUCCUGGGUCUGGACAAUUUUGUUUACCUGCUACUGCAGUCUGGAGCCGACCCAAACGCAAGGGAUGUUGACAAGUUGACCCCACUGGCACUGGCUGCAGAGACAGGGCACCUGAACGUAGUGGAGGUCCUGCUACAGAAAGGAGCCAGCGUGCAGUCUCAGACAGAGGGCUCUUUGCUGUUUGAGGCGGUUGCAUCAGGGAAUCCUGACAUCAUCUCUCUGCUGCUGGACUAUGGGGCAGACCCCGACAUGCCCAACCACAGCGGGCACCUACCCAUCCACUGUGCUGCAUACCAUGGGCAUCUGCUGGUGUUGGAACAGUUGAUAUCCGCAACAAAGAUGGAGGCAGUGAAGAAGAGUGGUAUGAGUCCCCUCCACUCUGCAGCUGCUGGGGGACACGCCCAGUGCCUGGAGGUCCUUCUCAAUGCAGGCUACGACCCCAACUUCAUGCUGCACCCACGCGUGCGCAAUAAAUACGAUGACGAACGCAGGUCGGCUCUUUACUUUGCUGUGUGGAACAACGAUGUCCAGUCUACCCGUCUGCUGCUGGAGGCUGAAGCCAUGGUCAACCAGGACCCUGUCAACUGUCUACAGGUGGCCCUGCGGCUGGGCAACUACGAGCUUAUAAACACUCUGCUGAGGUACGGUGCCAACACCAACUACUAUUCUCGUGUCAACACAACACACUUCCCAUCGGCACUGCAGUAUGCACUGAAAGAUGAGGUCAUGCUGAGGAUGCUUCUCAACCACGGAUAUGACGUACAACGCUGCUUUGACUGUCCCUACGGAGACAGUUCCCAUGACUACACACCCUGGACGACCUCGGUCACCAAAGACAUGGUGUUCUGUGAGGUGAUAACAGUCAAGUGGCUGAAACACAUCUCAGCACAGGUAGUGCGCAUCAUGCUGGACUACACAGACCACGUCACCCUCUGUGUCAAACUCAAGGAAUGCCUGAAGACACAGAAACAGUGGCCUGAGAUAUGCCAUAUCCAAGAGAAUGUGCGCAGCCUGAAGCACCUGUGUCGGCUGCGUAUCCGGGACUGCCUGAGCCGUCUGCGUCUGCGAUCCCCAGCCUUCAUCAGCUUCAUGCCUCUCCCCACCAGGCUUAAGGACUACCUCCGAUACAGAGAGUACGACGUCUACAGCAGGGGCAGCCCUGACUGAUCAUAACAUAAAGGCACUCUCCAAGAAAGUUCAAGUUCAUUAUCAGUUGGUCUGGACCUUGUUUACUUUUGAAAGUGUGUGUCUCUUUAGGUCCUACUUGAGGAUGAACAAACAAGCAAUAUUCUCUCCCUUUUUUCCUACUCUGAAAGUAUGUUAUUUUUUAUUUAUUUUUAUUUAACCUUUAUUUAACCAGGUAAGCCAGUUGAGAACAAGUUCUCAUUUACA